AUGACAACACAAUCGUCAGACUUGACGUUUCGUAUGUAUUCAAUGCACAAUUAUGAACAAGAUAUUACUGAGAUGAAUAAUUUAUUUGAACGAUGCAAAUCCAUUAAUUAUAAAUCAGUAACGGUGGGUGAUACCAAUAAGUUAUCCACUGUAUUUCAUUGCGAAUGUAUUGAUUACUUUCAUUGCAUGAAACAAUAUCCCGAAUCGUGCUGCUUCACAUUGGUAAACCCCGAAGAUGGUCGUGUUGUUGCUAUUAUGGUUGGUCAUAUGAAACUUGUAUACUUUGGAUCUUCUUUGUUGACUGUUUCAUUUACUCGUUUAACUCGCGUUAACCCAGCUCAUCGACGACAAAACCUUGCAAUAAAUCUUCUGGCGCAAGGGACUCAAGCUGGUAUUCACCAUGGUUUCGACUGUAUAACAAGCUAUACAACAUAUACCAAUGUUCCAUCAUUAGGUAUGCAACAACGUUUGUUCGGUUCAUUGUCAAAUCCAGUUAGUCGGCUUAAUCAUUUUAUCCUUUUAACAAGAACUACUUCUAAGGCAAUUGAAUUACAUAAACUUAGCUUCGAAGAAACUGAACGGCUUUGGAUGAUUGAUAUGAUUGAUUGGAUUCAGCGUCCCUCACUGUCGGAUUUACAUCGUUAG